GCAUGGUGCGUGCGUGAAUGUGUGAUGGUGAUGAGAGGUGAAAUCACCGGGACGGAAAGAACAAAAACUUGAGGAGAAACAUCGCAAAGUGUGCAAAUUGUUAACCUCUCUUUCUGACUAUCGUGCAGCCCGAACAGCUCCUAAACACACUUCGCAGCCUCAGAAAACUCAUGCGAAGAACGUCUUUUUUUUAAGAAAACGCAUUGAGUUGAAAGUUUGAGUUUAGGAUAAUUUAUUUGAGUUUAGGGUUUGAAAUUACGAUAAUUUAUUAAUUAAUCUUGAGGUAACAUUGUCUAAUUUAUUGAUCUGUCGUGGAGCAGAUUAACAACCGACAUGCGAUUGCAUAGAAGCAAGAAAAGAAAGCAAUUUUUUCUAAGGAAACAAAACUAUUAUUUUUAAUUAAAUUUUAUGCAAUCUGUUCAUCUGUUUACCUUUAAAUUAAUGAAUCAGAUUGUAUAUUAGAAAGUUGUACAAGUAACACUAGACAAAAUGAGCAGCCAACUAAAUAUAACAGUGAGACCAGAAGUAAGAUUGGAUGCCAAGUGGUUGAAGACUGACUUACAACGUUUUCUUUAUCGUGAUGGAUUGGCUGAAUUGUGGAAUGAAAUGGUACGGGAUGGCGAGAUUGUCGGCUCCUUCAGUGAUGGUUUAAUCAAUUCUGCAGGAAUUGUAGCAAAGAAGGGUGAAAAUGGCCAUUAUUAUUGUGGUAUGAGAGUAUUGUCUUGUCUGUGUUGUGAUGGAAUUUGUGGUCCACAACAUGGUUGUAAUUGUACUCCUUGCCAGAAAUUGGAUGAAGAAGAAACAGCAAGAACAACAGCAAUGGUGGAGAAGGCUGUAUCUGCUCGGCGUAUAAUGGACUCAUGGCUUUGGGGACCACAGCCAUCAUUAACAGAUUUGAAAGGCUGCAUCAAUUUAUCAAUAAAGGAGCAACGUAAACUAUGUUGCAAAGUUGCAAAUAGCACAUUAUCCGCGAUACGAUUGAGACAACGCUUAAUAGUCGCCAGAAGAUAUUUCACCGCUCUGUCUCGUCACAAACCGCAGGAGAUUAAGGAUACCUCGAACCUACCAAAGUCUAUUGGAAAAUUACAAAAAACGCCGAGACCUAACGAAAAGGCGACCUUAGGACUAGCGCGUGUUGGUUCACGUGCGGCUCUCAAUUUCUCGUUCGCGUAUUUAAGACGGGCUUGGAGAUCCGGAGAAGACGUCGAGUUUUGUAGUGAAUUAUUGACUGAAUCGUUGGAAGCGUUGCAAUCGUUACCCGAGGCAACUCUCUUCGACGAAAGUAACGUCUCGCAAGUCUGGUUGGAAGUUGUAGAAAGAUCAGCUAAAUUUUUGAGACAAGUUGUUACAGGGGAAGUAACUACUGGACGAUCAUGGCGUCCAGUGCCACUGUCGGAUCAGCACACGGCCCUUUGUUUGCUAUUGGAAUUAGUUGCGCAAAGAGCCACUCUCUCUAGUUUAUUGGACUCUGUGGUUUUACUACUUCAUCUCAGUGGUAAAAAUAAAAAUCAAGACAAUCGAGUUACGCCGCCCGGAAGCACGGCACCGCUCGUGCCAUUGUUACGACGACUGAAUAUGAUACCGGCGACGAAAUCGCGCAGACAUCUUGACGGAAACGUUACACCCGGACCCUGCGAAGUACUGCUGAAAUAUCUGCGACUGCCAGACGAUGACGCCGUGUCGGUCGACCUGAGGAAAGCCGCGGUUAUCAUCAUGUGCAAUUUGAGCAGACUGGCCGCUCCCCUCUUACCACCCGCCAACGCCGAACACGGAUUUCCACGGAGCGGAAAUGGCAGGCAGACGUUUCAAGAAGUUCUAGCUUGGGGCGGUGUAAAGUUCGGGAACGGGUCAACGCCGUUUUAUUGCGACGCGAUCGCGGAGCUGGGCAUAAAACAGUUGUGCUGCACCGAGCGAGCGUUGAUGAUACUGUCGUUGAACGGCAAUGUUUACAACAUGUAUCACGGCUCCGAGACGCAAUAUCCACAGCGAGUGCACGGGUUUUCCGACAAACCGAUCAUGAUGAUCGCGUCUCAUUCCGACGGCAAGCACUACUUGGCGCUGACGCAGGACGGUUGCGUGUAUUCCUGGGGCAACGGAGACGGCGGUAGGCUCGGACACGGCGACACCGUCUCGUACGACGAGCCGAAGCUGAUCGAGGCGCUCUUGGAGAGGAAUAUCGUGUUCGUAACGUGCGGCAGCACGUACUCGGCGGCGUUGACCGCCAACGGCGAGCUGUACACCUGGGGAAGAGGAAAUUAUGGCAGACUGGGUCACGGUAAUUUCGACGACGUUCUGACUCCAACGUUAGUGACGACACUGAAGGGUCACACGGUGGUGCACGUCGCCUGCGGCAGCGGCGACUCGCAGACGCUGUGCGUGACCGCAUCCGGCAUCGUUUUUUCGUGGGGAGACGGCGAUUACGGCAAGCUCGGCAGAGGCUGCACGGACGGAUCCAAAACGCCGAAGAUCGUCGACAAACUUCUCGACAUUAACGUGGUGAAGGUGUUCUGUGGCGGACAGUUUUCCGCAGCGCUGACGGCCCACGGAGAAGUGUACACGUGGGGCAAAGGUGACGCGUAUCGCUUGGGCCACGGCAGCGAGGAGCACGUCAGAUAUCCUAAGGUCAUCGAGUUGUUGAGGGACAAGAAGAUCAAAGACCUAUCCGUAGGUACGACGCACAUAUUGGCGCUGUCGGAGGAUCAGUUCGUUUACGGAUGGGGCAGGAAUGACUACGGGCAGAUCGAUCCCACGUUAGGCCCCGUCGUGUCCGAGCCGACACUGUGCCCGACGUUGUCCUCCAAGACUGUCAUUGGCCUCGCGUCAGGGCCGACCCAGAGCUUCGCCUGGUGUAUGUCAGCGUGGUCGGGCGGCGCCAGCCGCGUGGCUUUCGUCGUCGACAUCUGCGAGGAGACGUUCCAGCUACUCGACACUCUUCUGGCGAAGUCCUGCGAGGGCCUGCCGGGCAUACGACCGCCCACGCAGGAUCGCGAGUGCCUGGCGGUGGCUACGCUCAAUCUGCUGCGAUUACAGCUGCACACAAUGCUGACGCACAACAUCGACGCUAAAUCCGUCGGACUCGCCGCCAGCAGUUCGCUGCUGAACUCGCUGAAGCAACGCUGCGUUAAUCUGGCGAGCGCGAGCGGUAUCUUGGCGACGAUACAGGAAGCGGCGCAGGCGGUCUUGCAAACCGGUUGGAGUAUAUUGUUACCGACGGCUAACGAGCGCGCGAAGACACUGUCGAGCUUUCUGCCAAAUACCACGAACAAUGUGGAGCAAUCGAGCACGGUGAAUAUUUAUAUAAACAGCGGGCAGCGGUUUAUGGCCGAUUUAUUGGUGUCGAGUUUGAUGGUGGACGGCGGAUUGGAGUUAGCGCUGAAAGCGGCGAUUAAAGCGGAAAUAGCGGACAUGCCGGACGAGAAGGACUUCCUCGACGUGGGCACAUCGAACGCCAUCAAAGUGAAGACCGAGACGAGACAGGGCUUGAAAGACGGAUUCAAUUCCGGGAAGAAUAUCACAACGAUCUCGCUGCUUCAGCUGAUCCAGCAGUUGAUCAGAAACGGCACGUGCAUCACGCAAUCCAGAUUGCAGCAAGGCUCGCAACAGAUCGAUCGAAACGAGCAUCUGCGAAGAUUUGACAAUUCACCCAGCUUGAAUCUUCUGCUGCGCUUUCAACGAUUACUGAUCGCGCAGGUGUACGAGUGCAUCACGCGCAAGUCUCGCACGGAAGAUCUGCACGAUCAAGAGAUGAUGGGCGCGGAGUCGCUGCUGAAGAAGUACAUCGCGCAAAUCUGCGACCACGCGACCGAGAUCCUGCCCUUGGCGGCCGAGAUGGGCGGCCGUUCCGUCAAGGAUUUCAUCUCCAUCGCCGGCGUGUUGAAGGGUGACAUAAUCAACGUCCUGCUGUCCGAGCUCGUGACGUGUCUGAUAUUGUUACAAGUGGAUUAUCCGAUGCUGCUGAUCGACAUGAACUGGAUGGAGGUGAUCGCGCCGAUUUUGGACGCGCUCGACCACUUUGUGAAGCUGGCGCCGACGAUGGAGAAGAACGAGGCGGACGACCUGUCGUGGCCGGGGAUCAUCGCGCCGCAGCACGGAAACAAGAUAUCCAUCCAGGAAGAACCGUCGCUAAUACGCUGGGCGGACUUGGAGAAUCACAAUCGCGACGGCGGCCUCUGGGUGGUGGUGAAUAACAACGUUUACGACGUGCAGGAUAUCAGGAACGAGAGUUCCUGGUCGCCUUACGAGGUGCUGCAGCGAUACGUUGUCGGACGGGACGAAACGACGGCGGUGGCGCAAUACGGCCAGCUGUCGUCGCCGCGCGGCAUGAUGGACUGCUUCGUCGGCUUUUACUGCCACGCCGAGCCCGACGAGAACGCGCGGGUCACGAUCGAGGUGACGGAUGUCUGCUCGUCCCUUCUGGACACGGAGAGAGCUCUGGGAUUUUUGCUGGGCCUGCACGCCUACCGAAUGCGGCAGAGUCUGACCCUUCAGUCGGCGGAAGAGGAGGCCGGCGUGUGGCUGACGGCGAAUUUCUUAAGGGGCGGCCUGCAGGUUCUGCAACCGCCGAAUCCGUACGAGGAAGAGAAGGACGAGGCGAGGAGCAACACGUCGACUGCCGCCAACUCGCCGACGGAACCGCCGUUUCCGGUGCACACGAAGAACGAACAGCAGAAGGAGAACGACGAUCGUACGAUCGCGUUUAUACACGCAUUGGCGGAGGCGCAUAAAACCGAAGACAGCCACGUGCGAACGUUCCUGACGAUAGUCGAAAGGUAUUCUAAGGCUAACAAUUUAUUCUCCCACGCUGACUUCUGCGGCGAUCAUCCCGUCGAGGAGAUCAGUCGCGUCCUCAUGGCUGUGAUUAUCAAACAUCUCGGCUUGGGGCAGCAGGCGCUCGCGUUAGCGGAACAGGAAUUGAGAUUUGCGAACAGCGCGAGGUUGGUCAAUCAACUGGCCGACAUGGCGCGCGCAAUUUAUCAGACAAAAUGGAACUUGGUGCGGAUCAGGCAGCAGCAGAACAGGAGCUACAAGGAGGUCUGCGCGCCCGCGCAGGAGAGAUGCAGAUUCCUCUUGUACGAAGUCAGAUCUGCGACCAGUCACGAAGUCAAAGGAUUCGAGGACUUGAAGCUGCUGCAUACCAUUCCUAGAUUCAAAAGAGCCGCCUGUACAGUCCUGGCGGACAUUCGCAAGAACAAGGAUUCAUCCUGCGGAGGCGGCAAGCCGGAGGACAUCUUGAACGCGUCCAUACAAAAUGCCAAAACGAAGAACAAGCCGGACGGAGAUACAACGUCCGCCGCUAAGGAAGGCCUGACCGUCGCGGCUUCUUCCACGACGAAGCUUGAAGACAUAUCGGAUAUUAAGAACAAGAUUAUGCAGAUGGCCGAAAAGAUUCGAUGCGGACCGAUACAGUGGGCCAACGCCGAUUGCAACGGCCUAAUGACGAGCAUCAUCGAGUUCGUAAUUAACGACGGCAUCGGCGGGGACGUCGAGGCGCUGCGCCGUGCGAUGUACUGCCAGAUGCAACGCGCCCGAGUGCGGGAGCAAGGCAUCCUGAUGAUGCGCGAGUUGCUAAAGAGAGAUUAUCUGAUACCAUCGGUGAAGUAUUCCCUGCUCAACGGCUGGCUCGGCUUGACAUACGAAAACAAGUCUCUCAGCGACGGGAUUACGCAUUGUCUGCACGAUAUACAACUGACGACUCCCUAUCACAAGUCCAAGGUCAUCCUGGCGGAAGCGGAGGUGAUCUCAUGGGCGGUGCAAGCUUUGCGGGCGUAUGUCGUGCAGGCGGAGCUGCCGAGCAAGCAGAAGGUGAGCGGAAAGAGCAGCCUGAAUCAGGGCACUUACACCUGGCUGCGGAAAUUGCCCAGGGCGAGAUUUCUGCUGACCAUCCUCGGCAUGUUGACGAAUUAUCAAUGCGCCAACGAGAUCGGGCUACUCGUCAAUUCGGGCCUGCUGUCGAGCAUUCUGACUCUGUUGAGGCAAAUCGGUCCGUCGUCGGCGAGCUUCUGCGAGGGCGGCGAGUGCCAGGGACAGCAGGGCGCAGACGGCGAGGCGUCGAAGAUUAAGACUGAGAUCACCGCGAUCUACGAAGACAUCUUUCUCAAGAACAAACCGCCGACGGUGCAGCUUAGCGGCAUGGAGCUGGCGGCGCUGAUGAAGGUUGGCACUCGAGUUGUACGCGGUGCCGAUUGGAAGUGGGGCGAUCAGGACGGACCGCCGCCCGGCGUUGGUAGAGUCAUCGGCGAGCUCGGUGAGGACGGAUGGAUUAGAGUGCAGUGGGACAACGGCGCGACGAACUCGUAUCGCAUGGGCAAGGAAGGCAAGUACGAUCUGAAGCUCGCCGAUCCGCCGACACCGCCGGACGACGACAGCGACGAGACCGAUAGCGACACCUCGCUCGAUGCGAACAAAGCGGAGAACAACGGUCUUCGCGGAGAGGAUUUGCAUCCGACCACUUGCCUGAAAUCGGCCUCGACGACCUUGCUGCGGAUAAUUUUACUUUCCUGCGGCGUUGAAGCGGAUAAGGUACCGGGCACGUCCAUCAAGAUCCUAACCUCUACGCUUCACGGUAUAAUAUCAACCGCAAACAGAUCCAGUGAUUUAACAACGCAGGUUCAGUUGGCGAGACAGCAUCACGAGAGUUGGGCCACUUUUGGUCUCCUGAGAGCGAUCGCGCGAUCCACGAGAUUGUGCAAGUCUUUGAGUUCGCAGACGUGGCUUGAUCUUCUGUUGAACAUCAUUGUCGACGAGUCUAAGCCUUCCCUCGAGAAGCAGAUUAUGAUCACGAAACUAUUGGCGGCCGUUCUGCCGUCGUGGGCGAACGAGAUUGUCAUUGGCGACAUGACGCAGUUCCUGGAGAAGGCCUUCGAGAUUUUGGGCCAGGUAGCUCUUACGUGCGAGAUUUCUGCCGGCACCGAACUUCAGUCGAACAAGUCCUUGUUGUCGUUGACCGCGUCGUACAGUUCCACCGUCGCUGAAGAGUUGAUAUGGCUAAUUAGAUUUCUGCAUUCUCUUCCCGGUUGGAACGACGCCAUAAACAGAUUUCUCUCGUCGAAGCUGGCCUUGGCGGUGGACGUUUUCACUGACGGUCCGCUAUAUCACAUACAAAUGAACGAGAAUGGCGGCGAAAAUAGCCUGUGCAUCCAGCGAACCGUUAUGGCGACUCUCAUCGUGAUCGGUGGUUUAGAUAAUAGAAUAAGAAUCGGUGGUUUGGUGAAUUCCGACAGCGAGGUAGGCACAGUCUGCAAGUUUAUGAAGCACUCGAAGCUUCUCGUACAACUGUGGAACGGCAAUGGAACGCGGAAGGUGGUCCCGUUUCACACGGUGAAGCGAAUUAACGAGAAAUUCCAACUGGACAGAAUGCCUUUAACGGAACCGCUCGUAUCUAUCUGGGCAAAUCUGCUUUUAGGCGCUAAUUCCAGUAUGGACAAACGACCCGGCGGCAUGCCGGUCAUCGCCGGCGUCGUCAACGCGUCGAUAUUACGCAGCCAGCAGCAACAACUCGCGGCCCUGAAUGCCGGGAAGGCCAUGCUCGCUUAUCAGGUGAAAUUGCGGAGGAUCCUGAAGUUCUCGUUGAUCAGUAACAUUAAUGACGAAGACAGACGUACUCUGCCGCUUCUUCAGGAAAUGCUGUUGCGCGCCACGAAACCGCAACCACUGAAACCGAUAUUCAAGCGUAAGGAACUAGAAGAGGCUGCUCUGGCGGUCUCUCAAUAUCUGGCGUCCGAAUUGAGACACACGCCUAUUCAACGUACAGGCCUGGCUUCAGAUCCCACCACUCCUACGUCCGACUGCUCGUUAGUUUCCUUAACGUCGAGCCAGAGGAAACACUGUAAAGGCAGCGCGACGGCGAGGAGGAGCUCCGCAGCGGUGCCCACGUGUCGCCUGGUGACUCAGUUGGUCGAGAUGGGUUUCAACAGGAAGAGCGUCGAGUCGGCAAUCAUAAACAUGAGCGUCACCGAGCUUGGCAAUCUAACGGCGGAGAGUGUGGUAGGCUGGCUGCUGGAGAAUCCGGAUGCCGCCCUCAGCGACACAGAAACCUUGUCCAGUCUGGACGGACUGACCGACGGCAGUGAUGACUCGAUCAGCGAGGAUCUGGACGACUCGCCGUCGGGACAGGAGGGCGCCACCGCUAUCGGCGGCGCACCGCCGACGUACAUGAAGCGCUCGGACUUCCUGUCCGUCGACGAGUAUGCGAUCUACGUGCGCGACAACGUGAUGCCGGGUAUGCUGGUGCGGUGCUGCAAGAGUUACGAGGAGGUAGAGUACGGCGACGUCGGCCAGGUUGUGAAGAUCGACGCGGAGAAUUUGCACGAUCUGAACGCGCAGGUUACUUGGCAGCGAAAGGGCUACAUGUACUGGGUGCGUUUUAUACAUAUAGAACUGCUUGGUUAUCCGCCGUCCUUACCGGGUCCGCCGCCCCCGUUGAAGAUCGGCGACAAGGUCAGAGUGAAAGCGUCGGUGGCCGAGCCGAAGUAUAACUGGGGAUCGGUGAAUCACCAUUCCGUUGGCGUGGUCACCGCGAUCACCAACAACGGCAAGAACGUGUGCGUGGACUUUCCGCAGCAGCACGACUGGACCGGCUGCGUCGCGGAGAUGGAGAAGGUGCCGUCCUGCCACUCGGUGACUUGUAAUUCGUGCUGCCUGUCGCCGAUUUCAGGGCCCCGAUUCAAGUGCAAGUAUUGCGACAAUUAUAAUCUGUGCGAGAAUUGUUUCUACACGAAACGCUCGCACCGGCACGGUUUCAACAGAAUCGCGGAACCCGGCUCGGCGGCCGUUUACGCCGGAAAGCCCGGCCGAUAUCAUCGGCAGGAUUUAUCGGAGUCGUAUCUGAUCGACGAUUGGUCGAAGUGUCUCACGAGUUUGAGCGUGUCCUCGCGAGAAAAUUGGGCGUCGCGUCUGGUGGACGGAUCGGGAAAAUACUGGCAAAGCUGCGGUACGCAGGGCAAGCACUGGAUUCGCCUGGAGAUGCUGCCCGGAAUAUGGAUACAUUCCUUGAAGAUCAUCGUUAAUCCGCAGGACAGCAGCUACAUGCCUUCUAUAAUUACGGUCAAUGUAGGCGACUCUUUUACUAACUUAGCGGAACUGAAAACAAUAACCAUACGAUAUUCUACACCAGACACCAGCGUCACGCUGCUUCAAGAUGUGAAAGAAUAUUAUCACUGCGUCGAGAUAGCGAUAAAGCAAUGUCGGAAUGGCGGCAUAGAUUGCAAGAUACACGGCCUGCGCAUAAUCGGUCGACAGAACAAAUUCGAAAAUCAGCUGAUGACCUCGGUGUCCUUCCUCGCGUCCGAUUGGGAGAUUCUACAGGAACAAGUGGCAGUGCAACGCAACACUGAUGUACCACCUCAACAAUCAGCCGUUUAUGUUUGGGGUUUGAACGAUAAAGAUCAGUUGGGGGGUUUGAAGGGAUCUAAAAUCAAAUUGCCCGUUUACAGCGAAGUCCUGUUGAAACUGAAGCCUACUCACAUAGCUGGUGGCAGCAAAACCCUCUUCGUUGUCAGCCAAGAGGGCAAGUUGUACGCCUGCGGAGAGGGCACGAACGGCAGGCUAGGCCUAGGAGACGACAAUAACGUGUGCGAGCCGAAACCCAUACCGUUCCUGAGCCAGUUUGUCAUCAAGAAGGUGGCGGUGCAUUCUGGCGGGAAGCACGCGCUGGCGCUCACUCAGGACGGCAAGGUGUUCUCGUGGGGCGAGGGCGAGGACGGCAAGCUCGGCCACGGCAAUUGUAUAUCGCUGGACAAACCAAAACUCAUCGAGGCGCUCAAGUCGAAGAGGAUCCGCGACAUUGCUUGCGGAUCGGGGCAUUCGGCGGCGAUCGCGAGCAACGGCGAACUGUACACCUGGGGCUUGGGCGAGUACGGUCGAUUGGGUCACGGCGACACCGUCACGCAAACGAGACCGAAGCUGGUGCAGGCCUUGGUCGGGCAGAGAGUGGUCCAGGUGGCCUGCGGCAGCAGGGACGCGCAGACCAUGGCACUGACGACCGACGGCCUGGUGUACUCUUGGGGCGACGGUGAUUUCGGUAAACUUGGCCGCGGCGGCAGUGACGGCUGUUACACGCCUCUGCUGGUGGAGCGAUUGACCGGAUUGGGCGUCGUGCAAGUGGAAUGCGGCGCACAAUUUUCGCUCGCCCUGACGAAGUACGGCGAGGUGUGGACGUGGGGAAAGGGCGAUUAUUUCCGUUUGGGUCACGGCAACGAUCACCACGUUAGGAAACCCACUCUGGUGGAGGGUCUGCGAGGUAAAAAAAUCGUUCACGUAGCCGUUGGCGCGCUGCACUGUCUUGCGGUGACCGACACGGGUCAGGUGUACGCUUGGGGCGACAACGAUCAUGGGCAGCAGGGUAACGGCACGACGAGCGUGAACAGGAAGCCGUCGUUGGUGCACGACUUGGAAGACGCGAGGGUGAACAGAGUUUCCUGCGGCUCUAGUCACAGUAUCGCUUGGGUGCUGGUCGAUCAGCCUAGCAACGGCAACCAGGAACCGGUCACGUUUCCAACAGCGAGGGAUCCGCUGGGACAGAUGUGUCUGGGUCUCAGCAGCACGCCCGAGCAAAACUGCAUUGUCACCUCGACGAAUGGUGGCGGCGCCACCCGGCCGUCACUAGCCACCAUAAUACUCACGCUGGAGAGCAAUGUUGCGAAGCAGCAAGCUUUGCAGCACGUAAUUAAUGCCCUUCUCAUUAUGCAGGCGCGAGCAGCGAUAGUGACGUCUCUGCAGAGUCAUUCCACGUUGCACGGUUGCGCGUCGGCGAAGCACGCGCCGAUCGCACCAGUGAUGGACAUAAUUCCACCUCAGGAAGUAGCCAUGACGUCGAGCACCGAGCACGCGGUUUAUCAAAACGUGGGCGACAUCGCGCAGGGAGGUGGCGAGGCUCCGGCGAACGUCGCGGAGGCCGUUGUCGUGGCCACCAGCCCGAAAAUGACUCCCGAAUCAGAAGAUUACCCGCUAGCCAUGCUGGCAAUGUCCAUGUCUAGCUCUGCUAGUCUAUCGUCACGUGCCUCGAGGAUGUCAACGAGCGCUAUGAGCGUCAUUGCGGCUACUUUGACGUCCAACGCUCAAGUAGUGGGCGAGGACGGCGCCAUGGCAUCCGGCCUGGACGAAUUCACGUCAGCGUUGACAGAGGACGACGCGAGAGUCCUGGUUGACCUGCUGAAGCUGGCGGUCGCCAACAGAGUUUACGCAUCGGCCAAAGAGACGACAUCGUCAGUAUUAAUUGCUUUAGGUAAAGUCAACGGCUCCAUCGGCAGCAUGUUGUUAGAACUGUGCGUGACAGAAUUGGAGGACACCGCGGCGAACAGUAAUAACGUGAAUAACACGCCGCAGCCUGUGAUCCAGGAGACACCGCAUCCUUAUAUAGACGACACCACGUUGACCGGCCACGUGAAAAUUCCCGGCGCGGAAGCGCUACGCGUGGAGUUCGAUCGGCAGUGUUCCACGGAGAAGCGGCACGACCCGCUCACGAUAAUGGACGGCAGCGGCAGAGUAGUGGCCGUCAGAUCCGGCAGGGAGUGGACCGAGUGGGGGCCGGAAAUUAAAAUCCAAGGGAACGAGCUCAGAUGGCGAUUCUGCUCGGAUGGCUCCGUGAACGGCUGGGGCUGGAAGUUCACCGUCUACCCGAUUCUGGCGAAAACGGCACCGUACGAGCUCGAGUCCGACCGUGCGGUGCUGUCGCAGCCGAACAUAGCUCUAGCCGAGCAUCUACUUAUGGACAACAGUCUGAUAAAUUCCGACAGGAACGUCGCCUCCCGCCUGGCCACCGCUCUGAGCCAGUGCAGUCAACUGAGCACCCUGUCCGCACAGCAGAGAAUGUGGGCGUUGAGAAAAUUGCAGGUGGUUUACACGAAUGGACCGGGCAUAAAGCCCGAAGUGGCACUCUCGUCCUUGCUAAGUUCACUGCCGCAAGCGCUCUUGAGACAGUACGCGUACGAGGAUCCCCUGGUGAGAGGCGGCAAGCAACUGAUGCACAGCGACUUCUUCAAAGUCCUCGUAGCGCUCGCGUGCGACCUCGAACUGGACGGGAUGCAGUUCUGUUCCGAGGUGCACAAGUGGUCCUGGUUCCGCAGGUAUUGCCUGGCGGCGCGCGUGGCGAAGUCGCUCGUCGAGCGCACUUCGCUGCCGAGAGCGUUCUGCCACGAAGUCACGAAGCAGCUGAACGAAAUGGCGAUGGACGGAGACGCGGAGUACACGAAGGAUCACGAAAAUCACAGUGUGUUCAAGCAAGGACACGACGAGCAGCUGCUGCAGUGGCUGAAUCGCCGACCGGAGGACUGGACGCUGUCCUGGGACGGAUCCGGCGCGAUUUACGGAUGGGGUCACAAUCACCGAGGUCAAUUAGGAGGCCUGGAGGGUCCGAAGGUCAAGUUGCCUGCACCGUGCGAGAGCCUCUCCGCGCUCAGACCCAUUCAACUAGCCGGUGGCGAACAGACCUUGUUCGCCGUCACUGCCGAUGGAAAAGUUUAUUCAACAGGUUACGGAGCUGCGGGACGUCUUGGAAUAGGAGGAACGGAUUCCGUUAUGAUCCCGGCAUUGUUGGAGUCCAUUCAGCACGUUUUCAUUAAAAAAGUGGCCGUCAGUUCCGGCGGAAAGCAUUGCCUUGCUCUAAGUUCAGAGGGUCACGUGUAUUCCUGGGGCGAAGGCGACGACGGCAAAUUGGGACAUGGUAACAAAGUGUCGUUCGAUCGACCGAAGUUGAUUGAGGAUUUACUCGGCCUAGAAAUCGUAGAUAUAGCUUGUGGUGGACAUCACAGUGCCGCAAUUUCGAGCGCUGGUUGGCUAUACACUUGGGGAAAAGGACGUUAUGGACGUCUCGGACAUGGCGAUAGCGACGAUCAAUUACGACCGAAAGUAGUGGAGGCUUUACAAGAUUACAAGGUGAUCGAUGUAGCUUGCGGGAGCGGCGACGCACAGACACUUUGUGUGACCGAUGAUGAUGCCGUGUGGAGCUGGGGCGACGGUGAUUACGGAAAGUUAGGUAGAGGCGGUAGCGACGGUUGUAAAGUCCCGCUGAAGAUAGAUUCCUUGGUCGGACUCGGUGUGAUCAAAGUCGAAUGCGGCAGUCAAUUUUCAGUCGCUCUAACGAGAUCCGGAGCGGUUUAUACCUGGGGCAAAGGUGACUAUCAUCGCUUGGGCCACGGCACGGACGAUCAUGUACGUAGACCACGUAAGGUAGCCGCGUUGCAAGGAAAGAAGAUUAUUUCAAUAGCUACGGGCUCAUUGCACUGCGUCGCGUGCUCCGACAAAGGGGAGGUCUUUACGUGGGGCGACAACGACGAAGGCCAGCUUGGCGACGGCACCACGAGCGCGCUUCAUCGGCCCAGAUUAGUGCACGCUUUGCAAGGGAAGAAAAUUACGCGAGUCGCUUGCGGUAGCGCGCAUACGCUAGCUUGGAGCACCGCAAAGGCCACGCAGAGCAGAAUGCCGGCCUCCACCCCUAUGGAGUACGACUUGGUUAAAGAUCUGUCGUAUUCCGUACUGCGCAAUAGAUUAGUGUUACUACACCACUUCGCGGAGCUUUUGUGCCCCGCUUUGGCUAUGUUUCCAAUCACCGGCCAUGUUGGACUGAGUAAGCUAGCGCCUAUGCUGGUGUACAGUAUAAAGGAAGCGACGUUCCGCAAAGUCAUUCAAGCUACGAUGGUCAGAGACCGCCAACAUGGGCCUGUGAUUGAACUGAACAGGAUACAAGUGAAAAGAGCCAGAGCUAAGGGCGGUUUAGCGGGACCGGACGGCAUCAAAUCCGUUUUCGGUCAGAUGGUAUCGAAGAUGUCCCUCCUCACGCAGGACGUGCUAUUUCUACCUCACAGAGUAUGGAAAGUGAAAUUUGUCGGGGAGAGCGUUGACGACUGCGGCGGUGGUUAUAGCGAGAGCAUAGCGGAGAUGUGUGACGAAUUGCAGAAUGGUUCCUUGCCGCUGUUCAUACCCACGCCGAACGGCCGCGAGGAUAACGGCACGAAUCGAGACUGCUUCUUGUUGAACCCCAUGGUCGAUUCCCAGUUGCACAUGAACAUGUUCCAAUUCUUGGGCACUCUCAUGGGCAUCGCCAUACGCACGGGCAGUCCACUGAGUUUAAAUUUAGCCGAACCAGUCUGGAAGCAGCUUGCUGGCAUACCUCUGACACCGGCGGACUUAACCGAAGUCGACAGAGAUUACGUUCCUGGCUUACUUUGUAUCAGAGACAUGGAUCCUGACGAGAAAGUCUUUCAAACUUUGGAAAUGCCAUUUUCUACGCCAUCCGCUGCGGGACACGAUGUGGCAUUAUCUAACAGAUAUCUUAAGAUAACACCUGAAAAUAGACAUGAAUAUGUAAGAUUGGCGUUAGAUUAUAGAUUACACGAAUUCGAUGCUCAAGUAGCAGCUGUACGAGAAGGUUUAUCCAGAGUGGUUCCCGUGCCGUUGUUGGCAUUGUUUAGCGGUGCGGAACUUGAAACGAUGGUUUGCGGCAGUCCAGAUAUACCUCUUAAUUUAUUAAAGUCUGUUGCAACGUAUAAAGGUAUUGAAGCGACCGCACCGCUUGUUCAAUGGUUUUGGGAAGUUAUGGACGAAUUUUCCAAUCAAGAACGAUCACUUUUCCUUCGUUUCGUUUGGGGCAGGACACGUUUACCGCGCACAAUCGCAGAUUUUAGAGGCAGAGACUUCGUUUUACAAGUAAUGGAUAAGUACAAUCCACCGGACCAGUUUCUUCCUGAAAGCUAUACUUGCUUUUUCCUUCUGAAAAUGCCGAGAUAUUCGUGUAAAGCAGUUUUGCGGCAAAAGCUGAAAUAUGCGAUUCAUUUCUGCAAAAGCAUCGACACCGACGAAUACGCUCGUGUGCAAGCUGCAACUAAUUCAGAUACCGAGGACACGGAUAGUUUAGCGAGCGAAGAGCACACUUCGCUUUAGAUCAUUCGCCAAGUGAAAAAACGGUUGUUUGUGUUUGAAGUGGCAUUUUGUUGACUUCUUUAUGAAUGUGUUCACGGGAUUUUCUCCAAAAAAAAAAAUCCUAUUUUUCUUACACAGUACUUAUCACACUGCAAAUACUUAAAUAUAUGUACUGCUUUUGUAGCACGACCAGUUUAUUGUAUAGUAGAUGAUAAUAAUGAAAGAUAAAAAACCUAUUAAGAAGAAA